GCUUAAGAGCUCAUUUUUCUUUUUUUUUCUUCUUUUUGUAAAAUGUGUAUUUUUAUGCAGACACUGCCUAGAAAGGAGUAGACGCCUGGAAACUUGUACACGGUCCCUUACAUACGCAGGUCCUCACUGUCCAAUCAGAACGAGGGAAGUUUUGUUUCCGGGAAUGUUUGGUGAUGUGGCUAUGCUCUGACAUCCAUCCGAGGAAAUAUAUCAAAUAAAAAGCAGAUACAUUUACCUGGGAAGCACUCGUACAGUGCCGUCUUUAUGUUCAGCCGUCUGGCCACGGUCCUCCAGGAGCUCUCUGGAGAGGAGGGCACAGAUGGAGACCAACAGGGCAUGCUGGUGCCUCAGCUCUCUGCCGGUGAGGGCCAAGCUCCACCGGAGUCAGAGGCACCUGAGGAGGUCAUGGAGAGGCUGGCCCACCUGGAGCAACUGGUAGUCCAGCUGAAGGAGCUCAUCCGAGACAAAGACACCCAGCUCAACCAGAAGGAUGCUGAGCUGGCAAACAAAGAUGCACAGCUCAAAAAUGAGAAAGAAGAAGCUGAAGCUCGCUUCACCAAACUCAAACUGCAGGCCAAAGCGAAAAUGGCUUCUCUCACCAAACAGAUAACUGAUCUGAAAGGGCAAGGAGGAGAAACACCGAGUCCAGACAGCUCUUUUACAGGAGCUGCUGCUGCAGUCGAGGAGGAGCUGCAAGAACUUAAGAACAAGCUGAGUGAGGAGGAAGCCAACAGCAGAGAUCUUCAGGAACGACUCCAGACCGUAGAACAGCUCCUCAGAGAGAAGGAAUCUGCCCAUGCUGAACAGUUGCAGAAACUGCAGGCUGUGAUCUGUGAGAAGGAUAUGCGUUUCCAGGAGCAGAUCCAGAUACAUGAAGAAGAGCUGCUCAGGGUCACAACACAGUCUCAGAACAACAGCGAGCUUCAGCAGGCCCUGCACGCAGCUCAGAGGCGUUGUGAAGAGCUUGAGGAGUCCUUAAACUCUCGCUCCCAAGUGCUGGAAAUGCUGCAGCAGGAAGUGAGCAGUGCUGAUCAGCAAAAACAGAUCUUGACUGCUCAGUUCCGACAGAUGGAGCAGGAGCUGGCCGAGGCCGUCAAGCAGAGGGAGGAGGAGAAACAGAGGUCAGCCCAACAGGCCAUCAGGGCCGACGCAGAGCUCGCAGCCCUCCGAACCAGCCUGGAGGCCUUGGAAAGACAGAGCACGGAGGUGGCGAGGCAAGAGAGCGAGCUGGCUUCCCUGAGGGAGGCAGAGCAUGUUAGGCAGGAGGAUCUGGAGAAGGAGAAGGCAGAAGUUGCCAGACUGGAGAGAGAACUGGCUCUGAUGAAAGAGGCUGAGCUUGCAGCUGUCCAAGUGAGCCACGAUGCUUCAGAGAGAGACAGGGCGGAAAUAGUUCGGCUUGAAAGUGAGCUUGCAUCUAUGAGAGAGGCAGCCGAUCAUGCCAUCCAGGACGCCUCAGAGAGGGAGAAGUCAAAAGUGGAUAAAUUAGAGCGAGAGUUGGCCUCCUUUAAGGAAGAGCAGGAAGAUGCCCAGAGGAAGGGCGAGAUCUUGGCUGAAAUUUGGACACAUCUACAUUCUCUGGCUUCAGAAGAUGUGCAGGCAGCAGCAGAAACCUCCUUCCCUGCUGACCUGUCCCUGUUCCUGGACUCUGUGCAGGCUAUUGAGACACGACUGACAAAGCUGAGAGAUGAACGCGGCGAGAGUGAGGAACAUUAUGCUGAGCUCACCCACACUAUGCAAACCCUUCAGGAACAACUAAACAGAAAAACCACAGAACAGGAGGAAACCGCUGCCAAGAUACAAGAGCUGGAGCAGAAGAUUCUCACGUUUUCUGAAAGAGAUGGUGUGACUGAAACAGAAGCACCGGAAUCAUCUGAGGCUAAAAAAGAGCGCAUACUGGAAUUGGAGCAGCAGCUACAAGAAAAGGACAAUGAGCUCGUUGCCUUGCAGGAGUCCCUCAGACUGGCUAAAGAGCACAGCUCCAGUGGGGUUGCAUCACUUGAAAGCUGCCAUCAGACCCCAGAUCAGACUCAUGAUGCCACUACGUCCCCCCAUGACAGUUCUGCAGCCCUUCCUGACUUCACAGAGGAUACACAAGAAGAGGAGACCACCUUAGUUGCUGAGGACACCUCAGUCCUCUCCCUUUCUGCUGAUAAUGAGAGUAGUCCAGAACUUAUUGGACACCAGUCUGAAUCCCCAGAAGAAUCCAAAGGGACCUCCUCAGAUGAGAUGGUCGCCAGUAGUGAUUCAGAGGUGGCCCACAGCAGCUGGACCCUCCUGGAAGCUGUGAAUCAAGAUGGAGGCCAGGAGUGGCCGUCCAUCCUCCAGGACUUUGGCCAGAUACAGCUACAGUCAUGGGAGGCAACGAGCAUGGAGUCGGAAACCUCCACAGUGCAAGUUGAGUCCUCCUCCGUCAUCAUUCGAGAGACAGUACAAGUUCAACUUACACAGGAGAGUUCUUCCAUCACAGAUGGUAACAUAUCUUCUGGCCAGGUCUUUGCUCAGGCCUUAGCUGAGGAACUUCAGAAGAGGUACAGCGAGCUUCUGGCUGAGCUUCAGAGGCUCAGAGAGGCAGUAGCAGAGUCACAGGAGAAAAUCAAGAGCCUGGAAGAGGACACGCAGUCCCUCACAGCUGCCAAAGAAGAAGCUGUAUCCCAGGCUAAUAGUUCUACAGAGGAACUUAAGUCAGCCAGAGAGGAGUUAGACAGGCUUGCUCAGCAGAACAGCUCUGUAGUGGAGAAACACGGUGUUGAAAUGCAGCUCCUACAAGAACAGAUAGACAUUUUAAACACUGAAAGUAAAGCCAAGGAGGAGACAGUUCAGGUCCUGCAGACAGAUCUGGAAAUGGCCCGCCAUGCUUUCUCUGAACAGGAGGGGCGGGCCAGGAUGCUGAGUGUUCAGCUGGAGGACAGAGAGCUCCUCUCUGCUGAGCUUGAAAGGAGGCUUCGAGAUAUGGAAAGCAGCAUGUUGGAAAACUCCCAGUCAUCAGAGCUCAACGAUGACACUUUGUCCAAGAAGGACUCUGAGAUCAUCGAGCUACAGCUCCGUCUCAGCCAGAAAGAGCAAGAGAUGAUGGAGCUCAAUGACAGUAUGUCUGCUAAAGUCCUCCAAGCAGAAGAAGAGAAGUUCCAGAUAGACAGUGAAGUCAGUAAACUGAGGGAGCAGAUAGUGGAACUGGAGAAAAUCAGAGAUGAGAAACAGAAAGAAGGUUAUGAAGACUCAGCCACUCAUGUAGAUGAUGAACUUGCUAGAUUGCGAACCGAGAAAGAAGCGCUUGAAAGCCAGCUGAUGAACACAAAGAAGAAGUUGCAGGCUGCACUUGUGCAACGCAAAGAGCUCAUGAAGAAGGUUGCUGAUUUUGAGGUAGAAGCAAAGAAAUGGAAAGAGCGAGUUGAAACUCCUGCAGAUCUCCCAGACGUCGAACAGUCUGGAGGACAUGAGCUUCAAGAAAUGGAAGCUAAACUGAUGAAACUGGAGCAAGUUUUAAGAUCCAAAGAGGAGGCAGUUGAGGCUCUUGAGCAGAAAAUUAGCCAGCAGGAUCAAGCUCUCACUGAGGCGCUUGCUCAGAAUAAAAAACUAAGUGAAGAAGCUGAAAACGCUCAGCAGGCUGACAAUUCCUCUGCGUUGCAUUCCCAAGUGACCUCUCUUGAAGCAGAGUGUGAAAUCCUUCAGAAGAAAGUUCAGGAAGCCCAAGAAUCUCGUAAGGAAACCAUACGCAAAGCAAAAGAGAAAGAUAGACACCACCGUGAACAGCUGAAGCAGCAGAAAGACGAAUACAAUGGGCUGAUGGAACGUUUCGAGGUGCAGAGCGGUGAGCGAGAAGUUCUUCUGGCUAAGCUGAGAGAAUUAGAAGAAAAAGUGAGCACUGAAAGAGAAGAUGUUCCUCCCCAAGAGACCCAGAAACUGGUUGAAAAUUUGGAAAAGCAAGCAGCAGGUGAUUGGGUCCAGGAGGAUUGGGUGGACUUUGCCACAUCUGAGACUGAUUCAUCACAGCCACAAUCCAGCGAUCCAGUUCAGCAUCCUGCAGAGCAGUCUGACAUAAUUUCUGCACAAACAGAGGAGUCUCUGAAAGCUCUCAGAGAAGAGAUCCAGACUGUGCAGAUGGCUAACGCAGAGUUAGAGACGCAGCUGCAGGAAACGCAGGCCAGUUUGUCACAGAAGGAGGCUGAGUUAUUGGGCAUGGACAGAGAGCUACAAGCACUACGAGAAAAGGAAAGACAGAUCGAUAUGCUCUCAGAGGAGGUUAACGAUCUUAGAGAAAAGCAUCGGCAAGCGGAGUGUUACGCUGCAACCCUGAAAGCAGAGGCAGAUGCUGCAGCCAGUUCCACCUCCUCCAUUGCAACUCUUCAGGCUGAAGUGGAGGACUUCAAGCAGUUCCUUGAAAAUAAGAACCACGAAAUCAAGGAGUUAGGUCAGCAACUCACUGAGCAGAACGCUCUCAUACACUCAAUGCAGGAUGCAGUGUCUCAGAAGGAUCAGUUAGUAUCUUCUUUGCAGGAAGAGCUAAAGGCUGAGCAAGAAAAAACUCAAAGGUUAGAGGCUGAGCUUCCAGAGAAGCAAGAUGAAGAUAAAGACAGCGAGGCAAAGAUCCAGCAGCUUCAGCGAAAGCUUCAAGCUGCUCUGAUCUCUCGCAAAGAGGCCUUAAAGGAAAACAAAAACCAGAAGGAACAAAUAGCAUCAACUGAGAAGCUAAUAGCAGAACUGCAGCAAAAAAUGGAGUCAGCUGAAGAUGAGCUGGAGAAACUAAGAGCGGAAAGAGUGAGACUGAUUGAUGAAGUCGACCGGACUUUGCUGGAAAACCAAAGUCUGGGAUCAUCCUGUGAGAGCCUCAAACUGGCCAUGGAGGGCAUUUUGAAUGAGAAAGAUGCCUGCAAGAGAGAAGUGGAGUUGGUGAAAGAAGAGGCUGCCAGAACAUCCAAAGAAUGGGAGGAAAAGGUUCAAGGUAUGAAGGACGAGUACGAGACUCUUCUUAAGUCUUAUGAGAAUGUCAGUGAUGAGGCGGAGCGAGUGAGGCGAGUCCUGGAAGCUGCCAGGCAGGAGAGACAAGAGCUCGCAGCCAAGGUGAGGAUGCAUGAGGCUGCCAGACAGGAUGCUGAAAGACAGGCAGAAGAGGCACAGAAAGAGGUGGAUUCAGUGAAGGACAAAAUGAGAAAGUUUGCCAAAACAAAGCAGCAGAAAAUAUUGGAUUUAGAGGAGGAGAAUGAGAGACUCAGAGACAUGCAGGAAAAGAACGUAACAAAACUAGAGAGUAGGGCUCUCAAAACUGAGGUUGAAAGACUUCAAGAUGAACUGGGAGCUUUGAGGGCUGAGUUGGACGCUGCAGUGGCAGAAAGAGACUCUUUAGGGCGACAGAUUGAAGAGUUGAAGGAACAGCUUGCCCAAACAGGAGAGAAAGAGGACAAUGCAAUUCAGGGUGUUCUUCUUGGCUCAGCAGCUGUUGCUGAAGAGGUUAUCACUGCCCAGAAAUCAGACAUAAUCAGAGCAGAGCCUGAUGACAGCCAGUAUGAAGACAAAGAAAAAGAAAAAGAGACACCAGCUCAAAAAAUAUCUGCAGUGUGUGCACCAGAAACACAUUUGCAACCUGCUGAGGAAAAAGCUAAAGUAGAAAUGACUGAAGGUGUUCAGGUUUUAUUAGAGGAUAAAAUGAGGGAGAUGGAGGCAGCCAUCGGUGCAGAGAGGGAACUGUGGCAGCAACAGGAAGCUGACCUCAAAGCUCAACUGGCCUCUCUUGAGCAAGAGCUUCAGGAGGGCAAAGAGAAGAGCCUUGUGGACUCUCUAGAGAAGUGCCUCCAAGAGAGCAAAGAGAGAGAACAGAGCCUGAUUGAAGAGGGUUCAAAGAGGGAAGCUCAGUUCAAAGAGCUCCUCAAAAGCCUUGAAGCUGAGAAGGACAACCUGGAGGAGCGUCUGAUGAACCAGCUGGCUCAGCUCAACGGCAGCAUCGCCGGCUAUCAGCAAGAGGCAGCAGACAACAGGGAGCAUCUCAAUGAACUGCAGCGGGAGGUGGAGAGGUUGGAGAGGGAGCGAGCCGAACUCGAAGCCGAGGCUCGGAGCGAACGUGACCGGGCUGCCAGGCUGGAGGAGGACAUGAGGCAAGCCCAGAGGGAGAGAGCUGAGGCUGAAGCAGAGUCUGGUAAGCAGAGGGAGCUGCAGCAACAGCUGAGGUCUGCACAGAGGGUCAAGGAAGGCAGUCAGAGCAGAGCACGUCAGCUGGAAGAACUGUUGAGGGAGAAGCAGCUGGAAGUCCGUCAGCUGCAGAAGGACUGCAUACAGUACCAGGAGAGGAUCAGUGAACUGGGCAGAGAAGCUAAGGCCCUGCAGCUAGGCCAAGAUGAGCUCCACAACAAACUAGAAAAAUCCCAGCUGGAGACCUCCAAAACUGUAGAAGACCUGAAAAGAACUGAAGCAGAUUUGGCUAGCUGCAAAUCCCAGCUGGAUGAGGCCCAGAAGCAGGCAAGCGAGGCUUUAGCCGAGAAAACAGCUCUUGAACAGAAUGCCCAACAGAAAGAAGCCUUGAUGAAAGCAGAGGCAGAGCAGACCCUCGACUCUGUGAGAUUCAGGCUGGGGGCCGAACUGAAGGAGAUGGAGCUGCGACUGGAGGAGGCGUACAACGAAAGAGAAAAGGAAGAAGAUGCCUCUAUGGAGGCCAGAGAGAUUGCAGAAAGAGCUGAGACACGGGCUCAGGAGAUACAAGCUCGUCUGGAUGAGUCUCUGGCCAGGUUAGCUGCCUUCUCGCGCUGCAUGUCCUCACUGCAAGACGACCGGGACAGAGUCUUGGAUGAGGCCCGACAAUGGGAGACUCGCUUUCAUGAUGCUCUACAGGGUAAAGAGGCUGAAGUUCGGGAGGCUGAAACACGAGCCAAAGAACUGGCAGAACAGCUUCAAAGAGAAUCCGCCCUGAAAGAGGAACUUCAGCUUUCAGUGGACAGGCUGGAGAAAGUAGAUAAAGAUUUGCAGCUGAGAUUGGAAGAGGAGAAAAAGAAAGUCAUAGAGAGCCAAGCUGCCCUCGAGGAGGAAAAGAGCAAACAUCAGCAAACUACAACUGAGCUGCAGUCUGCACAAAACGAAGCCCGUGCCUUGAAAAAUGAGGUGGAGAGUCUCCUUCAGAGGGCCAGAGCUCUGGAGGAGGCUGUAGCCCAGCUGCAGGGUGAAGAGGACCAGGCCAGGACUGAGCUGAGGAAGAGGGAGGCAGAAGAGAGGCGGCUGUGUCUCAAUGUGGAGCAACUAGAGACAGACCUGCGGUCCUCUAAGGCCUUGACAGAGAGUCUGCAGACUGAGUUACAAGAGAAGGAAAGGAGAGAAGUGGAAAUGCUGGGGGAGAAGGAGCAAGCUGUUGCUGAGGCUGCAGAGGAGGCUAGAAAGGAGGCUGAUAGCAGGGCGCAAGCAGCCGAGGAGGAGCUGGAGCAGAGACGAGGGGAACUGCGCCAUCUGGAAGAAAAACUGCGAAAGGCGGAGGAAGAGAGCAACAACAGAAAAGCCAGACUGGACUCUUUCAUGAAGGCCAUGGGCUCAUUGCAGGAUGACAGAGACAGAGUCCUCAACAUGUACAAACAACUGGAGGAGAAACACCUGCAGGUGAUGAUGGAGAAGGACACUCUGAUCCAAGAGGCAGCAGGAGAGAACAACAGCCUGAAGGAGGAGCUGCGUUCUCUGCUGGUCCAGAGGGACGACCUGUACGCUGAAAAGGCCAAGCUGUCCGCACAGCUUCACGGCUACCGCGAUGAACUUAACCAAGUCCUGAGCAUGAAGGACUCCCAACACAAACAACUUCUGGCAGCUCAGAGAGAGCGCAUUGCCUCACUAGAAAGGGAGCAUAAGGAAUUGGAAAAUCAAUUAAAGAGUGUUAGUAAAGCCAGAGAGAUAGAAGUAGAAGCAGGAAGAGUGGAAAGGGAGGCUCUUAGCCAGGCUGUUGACUUUACAAAACCAUCACAGGUGAUUGAUGCUCCUGGUGCAGAGGUUGAGAAGCUGAGGGAACAGCUGCAAGCAGCGAGGCAACAAGUGGAGGCUUUGGAGGAGAACCUUAUGAAGGAGAGACAACAGCAGGAGAGUAAGGGCAAAGAGCUAGCUGAGCUGCGAUGGGAGGGAGGUGUGAUGCGGACCGAGUCUGAGAGCGCUCAGGAGAGGGUGGCAGAGCUGGCCCGAGACUUGCUGGCUGUCGAACAGAAGCUGCUGGAGGAGAAGGAAGUGACGGCGCAGCUCAGAACCGAGAAUCAGUCGUUCUCAAAAGCCAUGGCCUCCCUGCAGGACAGCAGGGACCAGGCAGUGGACAAGAUCCGGGAACUGAACCUGAAGCUGGACGAUAUGAGCAGGGCGGGUGGCCACGCAGCACAGAGCAGCCCAGGAGGCUCCACUGGGGAAGUGUGGGGCCUGAAGAACGCACUGCAAGCCCUGCAGAAUGACAGAGAGAGACUGCUGGAGCAACUUCAAACACAGACAUCUGAGCUCAAGGCGCAGAAGUCCGAGCUGGCUCGACUGGGAGCAGGAGAGCUGAUUAAAGUCAGCCAGGAGCUUUUUGAGGAGAAGAAGAAGAACGAAGACUUGCUGGGUGUCAUAACGCAGCUAGAGAAUAUGGUGGAAAUGGGCAAGCAGGAAAUAGAAACUCUGAGACUGGAGCGUAUCGACUGGAUGGCUCAAGCGGAGCAGCUGAAGCAGCAGACGCUCGCCACGCUCUCGGACCGGGACCAGCAGCUGCGGCAGCUCACCGCCAUGCUGGAGGAAGCACGCACUCAUAAGCCCAAACUACAGCAGGAACACUAUCAGAGAGAGGGCACAGGGGAAGUGGACAGUGCACCUGGAGCCCCGCAGGAGCGAAGCCGCCAGCUGGACAGCCACGCCCACAUCGCUGAGCUCAAAGAGCUACAGAGAAGGCUGGACGAAGAGAUGCGGCAGAGGGUGGCCGCAGAGGAGCAGCUCAUGGCCACACAGGAUCGACUCAAACGUCACAGCCAGGCUAAAUGGCACUCGGCACAGGAGGAGGAUCACUCAGAGACGGCUGUUUUCAUCGAGCCGCCCGAAGGAGCUGUCACUCGAACUCGGAGAGGCGGCCCGGGUUUGAUGCGGACGCUCCGAGUGGCCUUCUGCUCCCGUCAGCGCACCCCCCUGCUGUUCAGCGUGUACCUGCUCACUGUGCACGUCCUGCUGCUGCUGUGUCUGGGCGGAUACCUUUGAGAGCAGCUCCCUUUAACAAACCUGACAGACUGAGAGGUAGAGACAGAGGGAGGGAGGGGAAAGAAAAUGGAGCUGUGACACAGACCCAACCCAAGCCAUCACUAUGUUUAUAUUGUUACAUGUAAUAAGUCUACAUACGGACGUUGCACUUUAUAGGACUUCAUCUUUUAAGUAUGUAGAGUUACAAAGGGAGCUGGUGUCGUUGUUUUUAACCGCGUUGCUCUUGUUUGAGUUCCAAGGGACAUGGCUUAACUUUACUCAUUAUUACUUUUUUUAGAAGAAACAAGGCAAUGCAUUAUCGAGUAUUUUGGCAGAUGGUCUUCUUCACGUGCCUUUUAGAUUUGGAUAUUAAAGAGUCACUUUUUUCUCAUUUGUUCAUGCACUACGCUGGUUUAGAUGAUGAUCAUUUCUCUUGUGUCUGUCCGUUAAGUACGACGCCACAACCAGCAGAUGGUUAGCUUAGCAUCAGCAACAGAUCCACCCAAAAGCAAAUCUUAAGCUCACUAAUCAACACGCAUCGUCUUCAUUCAUUUUGAAUGGGAAAACAGACUGUAGUUUGGCUCUGAGCCGUUACCAAGCAACCAGAGGAAACUGGUAAUUUCAGGUCCGACGCUCACUGGCCUGUAAAACUCUGAGCUGAAUUGUCAUCUUUAUGUCUGUGUGCGGGUUGGAGGAUUUUAUGUUUUAUUUUUUUUUGUUCUGUCUCUGUAACGACUUGAGGGAAUUUCUUGAAAUUUGAAACUUAUUAUUCAAGAAUGAAUAAGUUAAUUAGUGAGCUUUGUUACAGUUGGGCAAAGCCAAGCUUGUGUCUCCGUUUCUGGUCUCUGUGUUAACAACAGUUAACGUUAAGCUAAAUGAGCAGGCUGCUUUCGCUCCCUUUUUUCCAUUCUUUGUGCUAAGCUAACUGGCUGUUUGCUGUAGAUUAUGUUUAACAGUGUGAGAGUGGUGUCAGUCAUGUAAUCUGAUGUCAGAAAUCUAACAAGCGUUUGUCCCAAAAUGGCUUAGAUUUGUGUUGGCUUGAGGUUCGGGAUCUGGUCUUAUCGUCCAAUCUCUUCUUCUUCUUCUUCUUCGUCUUCUUCUUCUACUGAUUUCAUGCACAAAAACAGAGCACAGUGCAAUUUCCUUUCUAACACGUUCCUCUUGUGUGUUUUCCUUUCGUUUUUAUCUUCCUCUUAUAUAAGUCACAUUUUUUUAACAAAAGAAACAUCAUACUGAUAUUUGUACAUACGUACUUGAAUUAUGUACAUGAGAUUUCCCCUCUGACAUAUCCAGUAAGUUUCUCACACAUUUAAAUUUUACUGUGUAGUUUGUUUGUUUGUUUGUUUGUUUUUCUUAUGGCAGAUGAUGUUGCCUUUCAGGUGCAAUGUUUUACUACAGUGUGGAGUCAUUCCAGAGGAGUAAGACUGCUGUGUUUUCUAAUGAUAUCCGUCCCAUUAUAGACUACUCUGAUGUAGCAUAAUUUAUGGUCCAACAGUUGAAAGACGUCCACUGCCGACACAUACUGACACCAUCCUCCUGAGUUAUUUAAACGAUGCUUCUGUACUCUUCGUCUUUUCACGUCUUGCAUCCACUGAAAUAUACUUUAAAUGUAAAUAACUGUUGAAAAGGGCUGUAUAGAGAAAUAAAAUGUAAUUAAAGUGUUGGUGGGAUAGAUCAGGGA